UAAACUAUAGUAGGAUAAAUCUCAUAAUUAAUCUCAUUAAUUACUACUUUUUCUCUAAAUCUCAAAACCAUGGCAUCACCAGCUCUCACAAUCAUCUCUUUCCUUCUAACCCUAACCCUAGCUUUCGCCCUUGGAAAAGCCGAAGAUGGUUUCGUCAAAGCCAUGGAUAGGAAGCUUCUAGGGCUAAAAAACCAAAAGUUAAGCCACUUCCGAUUCUACUGGCACGACAUAUACAGCGGAAAAAACCCUAGCGCGAUGGCAAUAGUCAGACCACCGAAAAACACAUCGAAAAAUGGGUUCGGGUUUAUUAGCAUGAUAGACAAUGCAUUGACAGAAGGGCCAGAACUAAGCUCAAAGUUGCUUGGAAAAGCUCAAGGGUUUUAUGGGUUAGCUUCACAAACUGAUGGUGCCCUAGUUAUGGCUAUGAAUUUUCAUAUAAUUCAAGGGAAAUACAAUGGGAGCACUCUCACCAUUCUUGGUAGAAACCAAGUGUCUGAUAAGGUUAGAGAAAUGCCUGUGAUUGGAGGAAGUGGUCUUUUUAGGUUUGCAAAUGGCUAUGCUCAUGCUAGUACUUACUCAUUUGACACUUCUACUGGAGAUGCUGUAGUUCAAUAUAAUGUUUAUGCUCUUCAUUACUAGCUAUAUAUUUACUUAAUGAAGACAUAUAUAUAUAUAUGUAAUACUAUAUAUAUGUAUAUGAUCACUCCAUGCUUUGGUACUUUGAUGAAUUUAUUAUAAUGUGUUUUUGUUUUUAAUUAUGGAUAAUAUUUACUUGUGUUUCUGUCAUGAUUAUAAUGUAUUUAGUUUACAUAUAGUGGCAAUAUUGUCAUAUUUUAAUUAAUUAAUAAGAUUGAUUUAUAUAUUAUUAUUUAUUUCAUACAAACUUAAUAAAGAAAAAGAAAAAGCUCUUCAUC